CCCCCCGUGCAACAGUGUGCAGCCCCUCGUUCCCCACCAGACAGACAGAGACAGAGCGGCUGAGAUGAACAGGAGAGAAGGAGGGGAGCAGGCAGGCAGGGAGGAACAAACACAUAAAGAGGCGCGGAGGAGCUGGAAGAAUGACAGUCUGGUUUCUGGGUGAAGAGGGGUUUACUCUGAGAGGGAGAGUCUGUCAGGAGUAAGAGACCAGAGGCAUGAGAGAAAGGCAGCUCCAGUGACUGUGCAGACAAAGGUAGCUUCAGAGUGCGUGUCUGCCGCUCAUUUCAUUCACACACACACACACACACACUCUCUUUCUCUUUUUCACUCACACACCCUCGAGCAAAAGCAGCCGAGCUGUGUGGGUGUGAGGCAGCAUGAGAAGUGACAUCUGUACUUCCACACAUACAGCCGACUGACGGACUCACUUAAUCACAGAUGACACACACCUGCCGGGUGCGCGCUCACUAACACACCUUAAUUACGUCGUACACACACGCUCACACACGCCUUUACUACGCUAAGAAGUCAACAUGGGUCUGGUGAUGGGAACCUUCUCCCUGCAGUCCAAGCAGACAAAGCCGAUGAUGACUUGGAGAUGACCAUUGUCUGUCAUCGGCCAGAGGGGCUCGACCAGCUCGAAGCUCAAACCAACUUCAGUAAAAGAGAGCUCCAAGUUCUCUAUCGGGGCUUCAAGAAUGAAUGUCCCAGCGGAGUUGUUAACGAGGAAACCUUCAAGCAAAUCUACUCACAGUUUUUUCCACAUGGGGAUGCCAGCACUUACGCUCACUACCUGUUCAAUGCUUUUGACACCGGACACACAGGAUCAAUAAAGUUUGAGGACUUUGUUACAGCUUUGUCCAUUCUCCUAAGAGGUUCUGUCACAGAGAAACUCCAGUGGACCUUUAAUCUCUACGACAUCAACAGAGAUGGAUACAUCAACAAAGAGGAGAUGACAGACAUUGUCAGAGCAAUAUAUGACAUGAUGGGGAAAUACACAUACCCUGUCCUGAAAACUGAUGCACCCAGACAACAUGUGGAUGCAUUCUUCCAAAAAAUGGACAAAAAUCGAGACGGUGUCGUCACGCUUGAUGAAUUCAUCCUUUCUUGUCAAGAGGAUGAAAACAUCAUGAGGUCUCUGCAGCUUUUUGAAAAUGUCAUCUAAAUGGCAAAUGCCAGGAGGGGGCGGAGCAACAGAUGACAACACAGAGCAAGAGACGAGGGGAAAAAAAGGAUAAGGAGAAUGAAAGACGGACAAAAGUUUGCAGGAGCAAAAAAACAUUAAAACCUCAGAGAGAAGCGAAACAAGGAGCUUUAACUGCCACUUUGGGUUUAGAAAUGUAUCUCUGGCGAACAAACCUUCUCUGGUUUUUGAAAUCGUCUUUCAGAUUCAUUUGGUCUUUCUCUGAGUGUCUACCUCGUCUCUGUCUCCUUCAUUUAUCACUGUUGUGGCUUACUUUCAGCUUGGACUGUGUUUGUUUUGGGAGGGGGAGAGAAGGGAUUGCCACUGUGUAAAUAUGCAGCCAGUCUCUCCUUUGGGCCAGUCUGUCUCUUGUUUUGAACUAAAAAGCAGCUUACAGGUGAAGUGUCCCAAGCAACAAUCUGUUUACAGCAUUAUUUCAUGUAACAGUGCAGCAAAAGUGAGCAAGUUAAUGAAGCAUGUAGGGCAGAUGCCCACAUUAUACUGUAUUUGGUGUGCAUUGCAAAGACAUUUUGUCUUAGUGCUGACAUUUGAGAGCACAUAACUUUGCAGCGCUGAACUAAGUGUCCGUUAAGACGUCAUAAGUCAGUUCCUGAGCGUUGUAACAACUAAGCUGUGUUAUAGGUAUUUAAUUGUUGUUUUUGUGGCUUUUUCUUACUGUCUGAUGUCUGUCUGUGUUUCUUAUUCUGAUACCUGUGUGUCCUGUUGUCCGAGUGGCUAUAACUCUGUAAUUAUGCUGCCUGUCUCAAUAUCUGCUGAAUAAAGAGCACAUCAGUUGGCUUACAGGUAGAAAGCAACACAUAUGCAUGUUCUUGUGUGUUUGUUUGUGGUGCCAUAAUGCCAACGCCCUGCUUGAAAAGCUAUUUAAUUUUGGGCAUGUGCAGAAAUCAGUUCAUGUCGAGGAUCCUUCAGUGAAAAGAAGCAUAUUUUGGAGAGACGGAAGUUUUGUCUUCGGCUCUGUCUCAUUCAAAAACCAAACACUGACUCAGAGUGACCAACAUUUCACUGUGAGGGGAGGAAGGGUGAUGGAGGAAGGCAAAGAUCUGAGAGCUAGACCUCAAAACUGAUUCUGGAGGAAUGGAAGCCAUUUUUCAAACAAGAGCCAUCGUUUUUGAUGAUUGAGCCAGGAUGAAAGAUUUAAAUAUUCCGCUUUUACUCACUGUGCUAAGCCAAUAAUGUAAUCUAAAUGAGUUGCAGAAAUCCAGACAAGACGACAGAGAGGUAGAGACAGGCAUAUAGACAAUUUAAACUGUCAUUUCAAAUGAUGCGUGUAUUGAAAUAUUGUAUAAAGUCAUAUUUAUCAAUAAACUUUUCAGGGAAAAGAAAACAACUCAUGUCAUGUUUUACAAUUCUACUCCUCAUGAUUUCCCCCCCACCCCUCCUUUACC